AGGACUUUUACAGUGAAAUAACCUUCUCCGAAACGCACGGGUCCCUCGGGAGUGAGGGCUGCUUGUGAUAUAUGCCUAUGCUCCACUAAAGCAAAACUGUGGGUUGGGAUUUAUUCUGGAGAAGUAGGCUACCACGAAAGUUUGAAGCUACUGAAACGUACCGUAGCCUACUUAAGUAUUGUAAUUUGCGAGAUUUAUUGUUACCUUUAUUAAUGCCAAAGUACCCUACAAUAAUGACAACUGCAAUGUAGCCUAAAGAAGGAGAUUAAACAUAGUUCAAUUCAAAUUAUCAAGUGAUGGUCUAUUGAAAAAGCACUGUGGAGAAACCGGAGACUUUACGCACGCUGCAUCUUCAGAACCAUUGCUGUCUAGUCUUCAAUAACGUUUGUGUAACCAUAUAUACAUGGUGUCACCGGACGUGUUUGCACUAUAAUAAACGCUGUAAACUUUUCUUGUGGAAUGCACCCGAGUGGGGAAAACGAUGGCCUUACGAGUGUGGUCCAAGAUCUGCUGCAAGAGGUGGGCAGUGUGGGCCUUCCUCCUCCUCUUUACCCUGUCUGUGGUGGUGAUCAACAUCCUCCCCUUCCCCCCCUCUGAGACACGCAGGCUGCCCUCACGAGGCCUGAGCUCUGCUGGAGCCAAAGGGUAUAGAGCGAGGGCAAGACCCAGGGAAAGGGCCUCAUUUGCCCCUCACCACCAACACCAUCUUCCUCUACCCCUCAAAGGUCACAGUGGAGGUUGGAAGCAGAGUGACAAAGUCAAAGAGUCCUCAAAGCAUCACCUGGUCAUGGCCCAGCCCAAACUGGAUAGGAGAGCAGCUAGCAUGACAGAUAAGAGAACUCACAGCAACUACAAGAAGAAUCGUAAAACUAAGGGCAUCGCCUCCGAAAGGAAAGAGAAGAAAGAGAUGCCGGCAAGUUCUAUUAGAGACAAACAACAUGAUACCGCACCAUUGACAGUCAAUGCUGUGCUAAUAAGGCAUGAUGGAAGCCAUCUAACCAACUGCAGUGGUUCAGAGCUCUCCACCCAGUCACCACCUCUUCCCAGACAAGAGAACCUCCACCCAGCCGUGACCCAGACUGUAGCGCACAGCCAGAGCCGCCCUUCUACUGCCGCCCUUCUACUGCUCGGCCUGUCUGACUCUGAGCACAAAUGUACUCCAGAUGAACAGAGGCAGGACCAGGGGCAAACCAGGCAGGCAGGGCAGGCAGGGAAAGCAGGGAGGAAGAACCUAACCAAGCAGCAGGCUGUGAAAAAGGUCCCCAGAGAACUCAGGAAACGUGACAGACAGCCUUCGUCUGGGUGUAAAAAGACCCGGCCCACUGCAAAAACAGCAGCAGAGCCAGAGAAAGGGAGCGAGGGGGAGGCCCACUGGUGUAAGAUGUCAGCUGGAGAGAGGGAGUUCCCAGACACUGACACACGGAGAAUAAGGACUGGGGACCCUGACUCUGUGCCAUGGCUCAGCAAGGACGACAUUCACAAGAUGGAGUUCCUCUCGGGCAGUGAGGUUGUCAGUAAGGCUAGGCUCCCAGCCCACGGACAGGUCCUCCAUGUAGGGCUGGGUGCCCCUCAUCAUCCCCCUUCUCUUGGGGCUCCAUUGGCUGACCACAGUGGGCACUGCCAACAGGGUCUGUGUGCCCUGAUCAAACGUCCAGACGACUGGUUCGAAGUCUUCGCUUUCCAUUUAGACCGUGUUCUCGGCUUGAACAGGAGUCUGCCCACAGUGCUCAGGGACUUCCACAGUGACAUCCUGCCUUAUAAAUACACCAGAGGGGCAGCCAGACCCGUGGUGUGGUGGGACCCAGGCAUCCAGCACCUGGCUGAUGAUGACAAUGACCAGAACUCGUUCCCUCUCACCUGGCCCCAGUACCAGAGCCUGCUGAGGGCCAGGUGUGGAAGUGGCAGCGGCGUGGCCCUCAACGAGACCCCCUGUGUGGGGGUUCACCAUGCGGAGUGGGGGCACCUGGCACUCUUUGACUUCCUCCUACAGGUGAAUGAUCGUCUGGACCGGUACUGCUGCGGUUUCCAGCCUGACCCAGCAGAACCAUGUGUGGAGAACCUGCUACAUACCAAGUGCAGGAACUCAAAGGAUCUAGUGCUGGUGCACAUCCUGGUGAGGAGGGUAGAGCCUACCAGACUAGUGUUUAUAGACAAUGCAGGCAGGCCAAAUCAUCCCCAUGACAACCUCAACUUCCGCUUAGUAGAGGGCAUCGAUGAGUUUCCAGAGAGAGCUGUAUCAGUUCUCCAGUCUGGCUGCUUGGAGAGCAUGCUCCUGAGCUCUCUGUAUAUGGACAAGCAAUUCUGGGAGAGCCGAGGGGGGGCACGUGGCCUGAAACCUCUCAUCCACACUGUUGAGCAGAGAGGGAGGAUACUGCUGCAGCACAUCCACGACAAGAGACUGAGACUAAACAGGGAUUUGUGAAUCCAAUGGCCCAGAAGGCACCCAGCAGCACAUUCAUUUCAUCCAGGCAGGGGGUGCCUGCGACAGACAUGGAAGCCUCCUCAAGGUCCCAGCCAGCCUAAAGACACAGGGUGUGUCUUAAAUGGCACCCUAUUCCCUAUAUAGUGCACUACUUAUGACUAUAGCCCUUCAUUGUCUAUAAACACCCUAAGAGCCCUGGUCAAAGGUAAUGCACUAUAUAGGGAAGAGGGUGCUCUUUGGGCCGCAGAUACAGUAUGCCUGUUCUAUGCUGGUUGUGGUUCCCAUCCAUGUUGUAUCCAUACAUCUUGCCAACAUCCCUCAAGCCAAACAAAUCAUGUUAUUGAAAUUGCACCCUCUUCUUCCCUGACUGUUCAUGAGGUGAGUUUUGUAUUUUCAAAUAAAAAAUAGCAGAUUGAAAGAUCUAUUUAAUGUCUGUUAUAUGAGAUAAGCUGUCACGUUCUGACCUUUAUUUCCUUUGUUUUGUCAUUAUUUAGUAUGGUCAGGGCGUGAGUUGGGUGGGCAGUCUAUGUUUGUUUUUCUAUGAUUUGGGUAUUUCUAUGU